GCCAGUGUCUCACAAAAAUGUUAAAUACAAUUGUCGCGUUAUCAUUCAUAAUUGUAAAAUAUUAUUGAUCCGCCCAAAAAUGUUUUUAGCUAACGAUGGCAACUAUCGUGAAAUGAGAUAUUUUACCGCUUGGUCUCCAGCCCAACACGUUGAAGAUUAUUAUCUUCCAAGGAUUAUUAGGAAUAUUACAGGGCAAACUGUAGUUCCCAUUGGCGACGCGGUAGUUUCUACUAUUGACACUUGUGUUGGUGUGGAAUUGUGUGAAGAACUUUUUACACCCAAUAGUCCUCAUAUUAGUAUGGGCUUGGAUGGUGUAGAAAUUAUCACAAAUAGCAGUGGUAGUCAUCAUGAAUUACGCAAACUUUACAGACGUAUUGAUUUAAUCAAGGAAGCAACGUUGAAGAAUGGAGGCGUUUAUCUCUAUUCUAACCAACAGGGUUGUGAUGGUGAUCGUCUUUAUUAUGACGGCAGUGCGUUGAUUGCAGUAAAUGGCCAAAUAAUUGCCCAAGGAUCACAAUUUUCCCUUAAGGAUGUGGAAGUUAUCACUGCGACCAUCGAUAUAGAAGAUGUUCGCUCAUACCGUGGAAUGAGCAGUAGGGGGAUGCAGGCUGUUAACACAGAUUCAUAUCAACGCAUUGAGGCACCUAUUGCUUUGUCUUCUGAAAAAAAUAAAUCUUUUGGUCCAGCUUGUUGGCUUUGGGAUUAUCUCCGUCGAUCAAAAACUAGCGGUUAUUUUUUACCUCUUAGUGGAGGAGUAGACAGUUGCGCCACAGCAAUUAUUGUAUAUUCCAUGUGUCGUCUUGUUGUUGAAGCCGCAUCGAAUGGAGAUAAUCAAGUCAUUGUGGAUGCGAGAAGGAUUAUUGGUGAAAAAGAAGACUCAGAUUACGUUCCCACAGACCCUAAAGAAUUCGCAAAUCGUGUUUUUCACACAUGUUAUAUGGGCACAGUAAAUUCAAGUAAGGAAACUCGUGAACGGGCAAAAAAGCUUGCCAAUGCCAUAGGCUGCUAUCAUAUUGAUAUGGAUAUGGAUAAUGCUGUUUCAUCCGUAUUUACUCUAUUUAAUUUGGUUACAAAUAAGACACCACGAUUUCGAAUCGAUGGUGGUACGGAUGCCGAGAAUUUGGCACUUCAAAAUGUGCAGGCUCGAUUGAGAAUGGUCCUUUCAUAUUUGUUUGCACAACUUUUACCCUGGGUGAGAAACAAGAGUGGAUCAUUACUUGUUCUUGGUAGUUCUAAUGUUGAUGAAUGCGCGGAUAUAAAUCCAAUUGGUGCUAUAAGCAAAAAUGAUUUGCGUAAAUUUAUCGAUUAUGCAAAAAACGAAUUCGGCAUUCCGAUUCUGGAUGAGUUUCUUAAAGCAACACCAACAGCAGAACUUGAACCAAUCACUCAUGAAUAUACUCAAGCUGAUGAGGUUGAUAUGGGUAUGACAUAUGAUGAGUUGUCGAUUUUUGGUAAAUUGCGCAAGAUUGAACGUUGUGGGCCAUUUUCAAUGUUUUCGAAACUUAUUCAUGAAUGGGGAACAGAAUUGAGGCCGACGGAGGCAUCAUUUAUCGAAAAGGUUGCUGCCAAAGUCAAACGAUUCUUCUACUAUUAUUCUAUAAAUCGACAUAAAAUGACUACGCUUACGCCAUCAUAUCACGCAGAAACGUAUAGUCCUGAUGACAAUAGAUUCGACUUAAGGCCGUUUUUUAUACAAUACGGCUUGGAGUUGGCAAUUUAA